ACGGCGACCAGUGUCAAACAGAAAGUACAAUGUCGUUGGUUGUGGCUCUAAUUGCCAUUGUGGUGUCGCUGAUUCUGUUUGCGGCUCGACGUCGACAUGGCUACUGGCAGCGUCGAGGUAUCCCGCACGAUGUGCCCCACCCACUAUUCGGAAACAUGAAGGAUUGGCCAAAGAAGCAGCACAUUGCAGUGAUCUUCAAGGACUACUAUCGAAAGUACAAGAGCGCCAACUACCCGUUUGCUGGGUUCUACUUCUUUUUCACCAGAACCGCUGUGGUCACAGACAUCGAUCUGGUGAAGCGUGUGCUCAUCAAAGACUUUAAUCAUUUCGAGAACCGAGGCAUAUUCUACAAUGAGAUUGACGAUCCCCUCUCGGCGACGGUGUUCAGCAUUGAAGGCCAGAAGUGGCGUCAUCUGAGGCACAAGCUGACGCCCACAUUUACAUCUGGCAAAAUGAAGCACAUGUUCCCCAUUGUCGUCAAAGUGGGUGAGGAGAUGGACAAGAUCUUCAGGGACAGAGUUGGAGGUUCUGGAAACGUUCUGGAAAUCGUUGAUCUGGUGGCUCGCUACACCGCUGAUGUCAUAGGCAAUUGCGCCUUUGGUCUGAAUUGCAACAGUCAACAGAAUCCUCAGGCGGACUUUGUUACAUUUGGCAAGCGAGCCGUCACCGAACAUCGCUAUUGGGGUCUGUUGGAUUUCUUUAUAUUCGGUUUUCCGAAGCUAUCGCGUUCCCUGCGCCUUAAGUUCAAUGUGCAGGAGGUGGAGGACUUUUACACAAAAAUUGUGCGAGACACCAUCGACCAUCGCUUGAGGACCAAGGAAAAGCGCAAUGACUUCAUGGACAGUCUGAUUGAAAUGUACCAGAAGGAGCAGGAGGGCAACUCGGAUGAGGGUCUGACCUUCAACGAGCUGCUGGCCCAGGCAUUCAUAUUCUUUGUGGCCGGCUUCGAGACGAGCUCCACUACCAUGGGAUUUGCUCUCUACGAGCUGGCCCAGAACCAGAAUACUCAGAAUAUACUGCGAAAUGAGAUCAACGAUGUUCUGGCCAAGCACAACAAUGAGUUCACCUACGAGGGCGUCAAGGAAAUGAAAUACCUGGAGCAGGUUGUAAUGGAAACUCUUCGCAAGUACCCGGUGCUGGCGCAUCUAACGCGUAAGACGGAUACGGAUUUCUCCCCCGAAGAUCUUAAAUAUUUCAUUGCCAAGGGAACGACUGUCGUCAUCCCAGCUCUGGGUAUUCACUACGAUCCUGAAAUUUAUCCCGAGCCAGAGAAAUUCCAGCCGGAGCGCUUCACGGAGGAGGCGAUCGCCGCCAGACCCGCCUGCACCUGGCUACCCUUUGGCGAGGGUCCUCGCAACUGCAUCGGCCUGCGGUUUGGCAUCAUGCAAACCUGUGUGGGCCUGGCCUACCUUAUUAAGGGUUACAAUUUCAGUGUCACUUCGGAGACACAAAUACCCAUGAAGAUGGUGCUCAAGAGCAUUUUACUGUCGGCCGAAAAUGGAAUCCAUCUUAAGGUCGAAAAGGUUUCCAAAUAAAGCAAAUUAAAUAUUUUGCUGUUAA